AUGGCGGACGUCGAUGUGGAGCCGGAGGUCGCCGCCGGUGCUCCCAAGAAGAGGACGUUCCGCAAGUACAGCUACCGCGGCGUCGACCUCGAUGCGCUGCUCGACAUGUCCACGGACGACCUCGUCCAGCUCUUCCCCGCGCGCGCCAGGAGAAGGUUCCAGAGGGGUUUGAAGAGGAAGCCGAUGGCGCUCAUCAAGAAGCUGCGCAAGGCGAAAAAGGAUGCUCCUGCGGGUGAGAAGCCAGAGCCAGUGAAAACCCAUCUCCGCAACAUGAUCAUUGUCCCUGAGAUGAUUGGAAGCAUUGUUGGUGUCUACAAUGGCAAGACCUUUAACCAGGUUGAGAUCAAGCCUGAGAUGAUUGGCCACUAUCUUGCAGAGUUUUCCAUCUCCUACAAGCCGGUCAAGCAUGAAACACAAGGACUGAAGUACCCUGAUGAUCUUGAUCUAAUUUUUGGCAAGGUACAUGUGACUGGGGCCACUGCAUCCUGUCCUGUAGAUAUAUCCUCUGAUGAGGCAAGUGAUGAGUACGUGGCCGAGGUACCAAAACCUCCAGAGAAUGAUGAUGUCAAGCUGGCCGCUUUGAAGAAACCAGGGAAAAAGAAACGCAAGAGGUCUUGUACAGCUACCGAAGCCAAAGAAGAGAAGAGUCCAUUUUUUCGCAUGUACAAAAACACAUGUUUGAAGAUAGAAAAUGCAGCAGACAAGAUCUCCUCAAGUGUAUCUGCAUCAUCAACUCCUCCAACUAAUUUAGUCCCUAGUAUUGGAGAGGCUAUGACGAUGGUCGAAGAGUGUGGGGUGGAAGAAGAAACCGCUCUAAUGCACACUGCCACCAUGUUGAUCAUGAAGCCUGAAUUUAGAGAUGUCUUCAGCCAUCUAAAAACAAAUAAAGGAAGGCUGGAUGUGAUUGAGAGGGAGCACGAAAAGGAGAUGAUGAGGCGCCAAUGA